AUAUAAUAGUCCUUAAAACUUAACGUCGUUUUCAAAUCAUAUAUAGUUAUGUGCAGAAGUUUUUCUUACCACAAUUGCAUAUAUUAAGAAUCAAUGGAGGAAGGGUGAUGGAGUAUAGUAAACUCAGACAUCAACUAACUGACAGUUUUUGCCAUUGUGGCUCAAGGUCACUAGGAUAUUCUCAUGGAAUGUCCGUUUAUUCCUUUCUAUUGUCAUUGUAAUCUUCACUUUGUGUUUGGAUCUGACACUACAUGCAACUACAUACAUCCUAAAUAAUCUAACUAUAAUAGGGUAACUGAUGUAGUGUUUUGGAUCACACACUAGAUUUUGCAAGUAAAAUGAAAAUGCAGCUCGAGUACGAGAAUUAUGAUCCUUCAUUCCCUGACCAACCUGUGGUUGACUUAUACCUCCCUAUGUGGGCCAAAUUACCAGCCUUCAAAACUAAACCAGCCUUCAUAUGGGUUGAAGAGAUGAACACAACCACCACCACCUCCUCUCCCCUGUUUCUCACAUAUCAACAACUCAAUGCCUCAGUCAAUGCCAUCUCCUCUCACCUCCUUAUUCCACUGCAAAGAGGUGACACUGUCUUGCUUCUUUGUUCUCCAGGGCUUGACCUAGUUGAACUCAUAUUUGGUUGUCAAAGAGCUGGUCUUUUGAGUGUCCCAAUGAUCCCUCCUCACCCUUCUUUUGCCAAACAAAACCACCACCACCUUGUAAGAGUGAUUUCACAGACAAAGCCCAAAGCUGCCAUAGCUCACCCUGAUUACAUCAAAAGCAUUCAACACUACAUUACUUGUUCCCCCAACAACAAUAAGUUUGCUCACAUGCUACAGAGUAUCCUCUGGAUUUCCAUAGAUGAUCUCAAAAAUGGUAACUUCAACAGUGAUUCCAUGAUUUCAUACAAUGGUUGCAAAUCAGAUGAGGUUUAUCUGGUUCAGUACACCUCGGGUGCCACUGGGAUUCCUAAGCCAGUUCUUGUCACAGCUGGUUCAGCUGCUCAUAAUGUUAGAACUGCAAGAAAAGCUUAUGAUCUUCAUCCAAACAGCACCAUUGUUUCAUGGUUACCUCAAUACCAUGAUUGUGGCCUCAUGUUUCUGUUGCUAACCAUUGUUUCUGGUGCAACGUGUGUUCUCACGUCCCCUUCUGCAUUCAUCAAACGCCCAAGGCUCUGGCUUGAGUUGAUGUCAGAAUUCAGAGCCACAUGCACCCCUGUUCCAUCAUUCACCUUGCCACUUGUGGUCAAGCGUGGAGGGAUCAACAAAGGAACUACCCCCAUAAAUCUAUCAACCAUGAAGAACUUAAUAAUCAUCAACGAACCAAUUUACAGAGAUUCAGUCGAAGAAUUUGUUCACACCUUUUCACCAUUUGGGUUAAGCCCCUCCUCUAUUUCUCCUUCUUACGGGUUAGCAGAGAAUUGCACCUUUGUUUCCACCUCAUGGAGGAGUGAAACCAGUGACAAUUUUUCCACCUUUCCAGAUUUUCCAACCCACAACAUGCUCUUACCAGUUGCAAGGCUCUGUUCUGAAAACGAGGAACAUGGAGAAGAAGACGUGGAAAUCAUGGUUGUGAAUGAAGAAACUCUUGAGCCAGUUGAGGAUGGUGUUGAAGGAGAGAUUUGGGUUUCUUCUCCAAGCAAUGCCUCUGGCUACCUUGGCCACCCUUCUUUAACAAGGGAAAUUUUCCAUGCCAGGUUAAGAAACAUGGUUAGAAAGUGCUUUCUCAGAACAGGGGACAGAGGCAUUGUCAGAGGAAAACAGAGGUAUCUGUUUGUCACUGGUCGCUGUCAUGAUUUGAUCUUGCUCCAAGAUGGUCGAAGAAUCCAUCCACAUUACAUUGAAACUGCUGCUUACAACAGUUGCAGGAAGCUACUAAGAGGUGGUUGUGUUGCAGCAUUCAAAGCUUCAACCAGUGUUGUUGUAAUUGUGGCAGAGAUGCAGAGGAUUGGAGAAAACGUGGAGACAGGGGUGUUGAGGAGCAUUUGUGAAGGGAUUAGAGAUGGUGUUUGGAAGAAGGAGAGGGUGGAGGUUGUGAGGGUGGUUUUGGUGAAGAGUGAAUGCGUUCCCAAAACCACUUCUGGGAAGUUGCAGAGAUGGGAAGCGAAGGAGAAGCUUCUUGCAGGGAAGAUGAUUGUUCUGAUGGAGAUGCGAUUUGGCAAAGAUGCCAUGAGAAGAACACAAGAAGAUGUGAGAAAAGUGGGUGUAGAAACUCGCACCUCGUUGAUCUCACAUUUAUGAGGACACACGAGUGAAUACCUAAAAACUGUUGAUUCCUCUAUCAGCAGAUUUUCACUUCUGUAUCAUAAAUUAUUAUAAUAAAGAAGAUUACUGAAUGUGUUUAAGAAGGGGUUAUCUAUUGGUUGAUUUAACAUCGUCUAUGCACAUCCACAAUCAUCAACCAUUAGACCUAUCCGCUCGAGGUCGUGGGCAGGUCUUUUCCAACGAAUCUUUCUCCAAGUUUUAAAUCAAAUCAUCAACUAUAUGUUUGAUGAGUUCAACUAUCUAACAAUUGUGUUUGAACUUGUUGGUGAACCUUAUUAGAUUAUUAUUGUACCAAUAAAAUUAUUUGUAUAAGCCAAGUAAAAGUGUGCAACCUUCUUGACCCACUUAUUUUAGUCCACCCAG